AUGGACGCAGAGAGAGAAUUCCUGCAGAGAAAUGCCUACCCCGAGCUCCAGACCUUCUGCCAGAAGCUUGGCCUGCAGUUCGAGGUCGCUGAUCUGAGGUGGGGCCUCCCGAGCUCGCAGGCCACCGUGCACCUGACCCCCGAGCUCUGCUUGGAGGAGCUAGAGCGCUGUCAGAGGACAUCUGUGGGCCCGGCCUACGUGGCUCUCCUAGGCAACCAGUACGGCCCCCGUGCUGUGCCACUGCAGAUGGAGGAGAAGGAAUGGGAUGCGGUUCGGUCCCAGCUGGCUGCCAGCCCACGUGACAUGGAGCUCCUGGCCCAAGGCUUCUGCAAGGACGAGAAUGCCAUCCCUCCAAGCUACGUACUGCAUGUGCCAGGCGCUGGGCAGCCCCGAGAGCCCGAGGAUGCCACCCUGGCCUCCGCCCUCCGUUCCGGGGCUCAGGAGGCCUGGCGCCUGGGCCUGCUCACCCAGGGGCAAUGGCUGCGUCACGAGCGGUCAGUCGUUGAGUGGGAGCUGGAGCAGGGCCUGCGGGGCCCGGGAGCCACCGUGUUCGUGCGGGACAUCCACGACCUCCCGAAGCACCUGCUGGAUGACUGUGCCCUCCCGAUGGCCGACCGGCUCCCCGACGGCUGCCCGGACACUGCUGCCCAGGCCCUGCUCAGCAGCCUCAAGGGACGCCUCACCCAGGAGCACCCUGGCAUCCUGCACACCCACCGCCUGCCGUGGAGCCGAGACCUGGGGACCCCCAAAAGCAAGGUCCAUGGCCGCUACCUGAAGGAGCUGAGCGAACAGUUGGUGGCCAGGACCACCCAGCAAGUCCUCCAGCACCUCCGGGAGCUGCAGCCGCCUCCCGAGCUGCUUUGGCUCUUCCAGGAGAUCCGCCACCACCACAGGCAGGGCACCGAGGCCACGCGCAUCUUCUGCGGACGCCAGGGGCUCCUAGCCCGGCUCGGGGAGCAGCUCAGACGUGAUGACAGCCGCUCCCACCCGCCCCUGGUUCUGUGCGGCCCACCCGGAGUGGGCAAGACCGCCCUGAUGUGCAAGUUGGCCCAGGAGAUGGCAAGCUUGCUCCGGCCGCACACAGUCACCGUGCUGCGACUGUUGGGGACAUCGCUGCGGAGCCGGGACCCCCGCGGCCUGCUGGAGAGCCUGUGUCUCCAGGUGUGCCUGGCCUUCGGGCUGCCCCCGCCCCCCGCGCAGGUGCUGGCCACCCACGCCAGGUCCGGGCCGUUUUUCCACGCCCUCCUCCACACCAUCUCCAGCCGGCACUUCGAGUCGCUGGUCCUGCUGCUGGACUCGGUGGAUGACCUUGAGUCUGUGCGUGGCGCGAGGCUCCCAGGGCUGCCUCUCCAGUGCCCACCCGGCGUGCACCUGAUCCUCUCGGCUUGUUCGGGCCAAGGGGGGUUCCUGGAGACUCUGCAAGAGACCCUCAGGGACCCAGCCGCCUACUGGGAGGUGCAGCCGCUCUCCGGAGACCAGGGUCUGGAGCUGCUGCGGCUGCUGCUGGCGGACGCCGGGAGGAUGCUGAGGCCCGAGCAGAGGGACCUGGUCCGGGCCAGCUGCCUCGAGGGUGGCCACCCGGGCCACCUGAGGCUGGCCUUCGAGGAGGCCCGCACAUGGGCUUCCUUCACCAUGCCCGCCCCUUUGGCUGCCACACCCGAGGAGGCCACUCACCAGUUUUGUGCCCGCCUGGAGCAGACCCACGGGCAGCUGCUGGUGGCACACGUGCUGGGCUACCUCGUGAGCUCGCGGUACGGCCUCUCGGAGGCGGAGCUCAAGGACGUGCUGUCCUUGGAUGACGAGCUCCUGCAGGCCGUGUAUCAGGACUGGACGCUGCCCAGCCAGGAGCUGCUGCGCUUCCCGCCCCUGCUGUGGGUGCGACUCCGGCGGGACCUGGGGUGCUGCUUGGCCCGGAGGCCCGGGGACGGCUGUACGCUCCUGGCUAUCGCCCCCAGACAGCUGGCCCAGGUGAUCCGCCAGCGCUACCUGUCCGGGCCAGAGAGGGCUAAGAGGCACAGCGUCUUAGCCGACUUCUUCUCGGGCACCUGGAGCCAGGGCACCAAGAAGCUCAUCACUCUGCCGCUUGUGGGAAAGCCCCUGAACUUGGACCGCAAGGUGGCCCCCCAGCCCCUGUGGUUCUCAGACACUGUGGCAAACCUGCGGAAGCUGAGCGAGCUGCCCUGGCACCUGCUGCACGCGGGGCGCCUGGAGGAGCUGCGACAGGAAGUGCUGGGGAAUCUCAGCUGGAUUUUCUGCCGCGCCAUCUCGGGGGGCAUUGAUUGCCUACUGGAUGACUUUGCCCUGUGUGCUCCAGUCCUGGACUCUGCCGAGGCCGACCUGGUCCGUGAAGCCCUGCAGCUCUGCCGCCCCACCAUAGAGCUCCGCGGCAUGGAGAGAAGCAUCCUGUACACGGAGCUCUUGGGCAGGCUCCAGUUCUUCGCCGCCUCGCACCCAGCACUGGUGGGGCGGCUGUGCGAGCAGGCCCAGAGCUGGCUGCGGGCGUGCCCACACCCCGUGCUGGUGCCCCUGGCCGGAUUCCUGCCUCCCCCAGGAGGUCCCCUGCGGGCCACCCUUACCGGCUGUCACCAAGGCAUCACGGCCAUGACAUGGAGUGAGGAGGAGAAGCUGCUGGUGGUGGGCACCCAGGACGGCAUCGUGGUGGUAUGGGACGUGCAGGAGGAGCAACUGGUUCAUUUUCUAACCGGGCACUCAGGCGCUGUGAGGUGUCUGCGAGUCUUUGCCGGGGGCACACGUGCCCUCUCUGCCUCUAGCGACCGCUCCCUGCGCCUGUGGGACCUGCGGUCUGGCCGACGGGAAUUCUGCCUCACGAUGGACGCGGAGGGCAGCUUGCCGUGCGACCCCGGCCCACGCUCCUGGAGCCUGCACGUGGACGAGGCCAGUGGGAUCGUGUACGCAGCCAUGGGCUCCAAGAUCAGUGCCUGGAAGCUGCCAAGCGCCGAGCUCACCUUCUGCGUCGCAGGGGAUGCCGCCGACCCCUGGCUCUGCACGGCCCUGCUGGCUGGCCAGGCCGGGUUGCUGGCCGUGUCCCGAGGAGGAGUGGUCCGCCUGUGGCACUCGGCCACGGGGAGCCCGCAGGGGGAGCAGCGCAUGUCCGGCGUGGGAGCAGACGGGGUCCCCACCUGUGCUGUCUCGGGCCAGAGGCAAGGACUGGUGGUCAUUGGAUUCAGCGACGGCUCUGUCUCCUUGGUUUCCAUCAAAGGAGACAGAUUGCUGGAGAAGGUUCCGGAAGCUGUGGGGUGCCUGGCACUCUCCAAGGACGAGUCCCUCCUGGCUGCAGGCUUCGGCAGCUGCGUGCGGCUCCUCCUGGCCGACACGCAGGCUUUCCAGCGCUUCGGGGCCGCAGACCUGCAGCACGAGGCGGCCGUGGAGUCGGCCGUGUUUGGGCCUGAGAACAACCUGCUGGUCACAGCAUCCCGGGAUGCACGCAUUCAGGCAGCCACCUUCACCGUCUGGGACCUCGGCCGCGUGCCAAGGGCCGGGGCCUCAGCCACCUUCCUGGACCGCACGGGACUCACUGCCGUGUCCCACCAGGGCGCCUACCUCUAUUACCCCAGGGUCGGGGACAAGCGCAAAGUCACCGUGUGGGACGUGGCGGCAGGUGAGGAGCGAGACGUGCUGGACGCGUCCAGCGAGGUCCGGUGUGUGGAGGUGGCCGAGCAGACCCAGCUGCUGUUGGCCGGCCUUGCGUCCGGAGUUGUGCUCCUGGUCCCCCUCACGUCCAGGCAGGACGUGGUCUGCGUCCCCCCUCCCGAGGCCCGCCGCGCCGUCACGUGCCUGUCCCUGGACAAGCGCGAGACCCGCCUGGCCGUCGCCUACGACAACCUGGUGCAGGUGCUGGACAUCGGCCCCGGGGAUCCCUGCCCGGUCGUCGAGGGGCCCACGUACACCUUCUACACACAGCUGCCCGAGAGCAUCACCUGCCUGGCCGUGCUGGGUGACUGCCGUGUGCUCUACGGCAUGAGCCGCGGCGAGAUCUUCCUGUACCAGUGCACCGGCGCCAGGGUGUGCGCCCUGGAGGCGCAUGGCGGCCGCGUCACCUGCCUGCAUGUCAGCCACGGGGAGCAGCUGGCCGUGAGCGGCGCCGAGGAUGCCCUGCUCUGCCUGUGGGACCUGCAGGCGGGCAGGUGCACGGCCGAGAUGGGCUACAUGGUGCGUGCCUGCUGCUGCGACGUCCUGACUGCCUGCUUCUCCCAGAAUGACAAGUACGUGUACGCAGGCCUGAAGGACGGAUCUGUGAUUGUCUGCAGCACGCUGGACGGCUCCCUGCUGACCGUCCAGUUCGCCCACGCCCCAGUGAACAGGAUCGUGCCCACCCGCGAUGGCUUCAUUGCCCCCACGCGAAGCGGUUACGUCCUGCGGGAGUGCUUCCAGCCCUCUGCGUCAAGCCCCAGCCUCCAGCCGGACCCCCUCCGCAGCUUCAAGAAAGCCGUGUGGGUGGUCAGAGCCACGCAGAGGGGAGCGCUGGCCAGGGCGGCACAGACUCCCGGGGACUCGGCAUCCCGCAGUGCCCGUGGGCAUGGGGCCCGGUCCAACAGGCGCUCGCAAGUCUGCGUGUUGGUGUAGUGGCAACCCCUCUUGGCUGGGUGUGCCAGGACUGCAGUCUGCCUUGAUUGACUCGUUCCAGCCUCAGGCCUGCGCUUGCUGGCAGCAGGAUGGCCAACGUGCCGCCAAUGUUUAGUUUAGUGAGGAAGUAGACUUUUCAUUUCCAUGAGAUUCCAAUUCCCUGAGGGCUGGCACCAUGGCAUAGCACGCUAACUCUCCACCACUACUGUGGUAUCCCA